AUCGCAUCCGAGUCUGAUUCUCGUGUCAAGCCAUCCACCAUCGCGCUCGUCGAGUCCCCAAGCAACCACCAACAUCCACGAUGGGCGAAUCCAAGUGCCCCUUCGCCAACUCCAACGCCAAUGUCGCUGGCGGAGGCACCCGCAAUACCGACUGGUGGCCGGAUCAGCUGAAGCUAGACAUCCUGCGCCAGCACUCGCCAGCGUCGAACCCCCUCAGCCCAGGCUUCGACUAUGCCGCUGCCUUCAACAGCCUCGACUACUUCGCUGUCAAGAAGGACCUCCUCGCGCUGAUGACCGACUCGCAGGACUGGUGGCCCGCCGACUUCGGCCACUACGGCGGCCUGUUCAUCCGCAUGGCCUGGCACAGCGCCGGCACAUACCGUGUCUUUGAUGGCCGGGGUGGCGGAGGCCAGGGCCAGCAACGCUUCGCCCCCCUGAACAGCUGGCCGGACAACGCCAGCCUGGACAAAGCUCGUCGCCUGCUGUGGCCCAUCAAGCAGAAGUAUGGCGCCAAGAUCUCGUGGGCCGAUCUGAUGCUGCUGGCCGGCAACGUGGCCCUGGAGUCCAUGGGCUUCAAGACCUUUGGCUUCUCCGGCGGCCGUCCAGACACCUGGGAGGCAGACGAGUCCGUGUACUGGGGAGGAGAGUCGACCUGGAUGGGGAACGACAUCCGCUACGCCGACGGCUUCCCCGGCACCACCAAACACGGCGCCAUCGACGCCGACGAACCGGCCCAUCUCAACAUCCACACCCGCGACCUCGAGAGGCCCCUCGCAGCCUCGCACAUGGGUCUGAUCUACGUCAACCCCGAGGGCCCCGACGGGAAACCCGACCCGGUCGCCGCCGCACGCGACAUCCGAACCACCUUCGGCCGCAUGGGCAUGAACGACGAGGAAACCGUCGCCCUGAUCGCAGGCGGCCACAGUUUCGGCAAGACGCACGGCGCUGGCCCAUCCGGCAACCUGGGCAGCGAACCUGCCGCCGCCGGCCUGGAGGAACAAGGGCUCGGAUGGAAGAACAGCCACGGGUCCGGCAAGGGCCCCCACACCAUCACCAGCGGCCUCGAAGUGACCUGGACCAAGACCCCGACCCAAUGGAGCCACGCAUACCUGGAAUCCCUCUUUCGCUACGAAUGGGGGCUCACCAAGAGCCCGACGGGCGCCUUCCAGUGGGAAGCCCAGGACGCCGACGCCAUCAUCCCCGACGCCUACGACGCAACCCAAAAACACCGGCCCAAGAUGCUGACCACCGAUCUGGCCCUGCGCCUCGAUCCCCCCUACGAGAAAAUCUCGCGGCACUUUCUGGCCCACCCCGACGAAUUCGCCGACGCCUUCGCGCGAGCCUGGUUCAAGCUGCUGCAUCGCGACAUGGGGCCCCGCACCCGCUAUCUCGGCCCCGAAGCCCCCAUUGAAGACCUGGCCUGGCAAGACCCCAUCCCGGCGGUCACCCACCCCCUAAUCACCGCCCCGGACAUCGCCUCCCUCAAACGCACCGUCCUCGCCACCGGCCUGGACCCCUCCAAGUUCAUCUCCACCGCCUGGGCCUCGGCCUCCACCUUCCGGGCCACCGACAAGCGCGGCGGCGCCAACGGCGCGCGCAUUCGUCUCUCCCCCCAACGCAACUGGCCCGUCAACCAACAGCCCUGGCUCACGGAGACCCUCUCGACCCUCGCCUCCGUCCAGUCCGAAUUCAACUCCUCCCCCUCUGCCGGCCCCAAACAGGUCUCCCUCGCCGACCUCAUCGUCCUAGCCGGCUGCGCCGCCCUCGAACAAGCCGCCCACGACGCCGGCCACGCCCUCUCCGUCCCCUUCACCCCCGGCCGCACCGACGCCACGCAAUCGCAGACGGACCCCGAGUCCUUCGCCCAUCUGGAACCCCGCGCCGACGGCUUCCGCAACUACGGACUCUCGACCGCGCGCGUCCGCACCGAACACCUCCUCAUCGACAAAGCCCACCUCCUCGCCCUCACGGUGCCCGAAAUGACCGCCCUCGUCGGCGGCAUGCGCGCCCUGAACGCCAACUACGAUGGCUCGUCCCACGGCGUCUUCACCUCCAGCCCCGGCCGUCUGACCAACGAUUUCUUUGUGAAUCUGCUCGAUAUGAAUACCGCCUGGACGGCUCGGGAUGCGGACGGUGAGGUGUUUGUGGGUACGGAUCGGAGGACCGGCGUCAUGAGGUGGACGGCCACCCGUGUGGAUUUGGUGUUUGGCUCCCAUCCUGAGUUGAGGGCUGUCGCGGAGGUCUAUGCCUCCCUGGAUGGCGAGGAGAGGUUUGUGGCUGAUUUUGUCGCCGCUUGGGAUAAGGUUAUGCGCGCGGAUCGGUUUGAUUUGGUUUGAUUGUUUG